ACCCCUCUCUCAGCUUCCUUUCCAUCUCUUCUUUACUCACUGCUUUCCUCCCUCUCUCUCACUUUUCUCUCCGUUUCUCUCCCUUCUCAAGCUCUGGGGGUUGCCAGAGGUGACUGACUGUCACCAGUCCAGAACUGCCCUGCGAGAGCCUCCUCUAUUGCCUAAUCUCAAAGUACAGCUAGUCAGUGAGCACUUGGAGCCCAUUCUCUCACUGAUCUGCUGCCACAGGAGUUCACGUCUGACCUGGGAGAGAUGACUCUAGUGUGGAGACAAGUGCAGAGAGCCUUUCACCUGGAGACCUCUUCUCCUAGGAUCCUCAAGAUGUGUCCCUCCCUGAACCGUGCUUUCUGGACAUCUGUAAUCAAGCUUGAUCUUCAGACAAAACCCAGAAUGCCUCCAUGUGACUUCUCUCCUGAAAGAUAUGAGUCCCUUGCCUACGACCAUGCACUGGAGAUCCACAGGAAACACCUUUCUCCUGUGGCAGCAGCAUAUUUCCAGAAGCCCCUGAUGCUCCACCAGGGACACAUGGAAUGGCUAUUUGAUUACGAGGGAAACAGAUACCUGGAUUUCUUUUCCGGGAUUGUCACUGUCAGUGUUGGUCACUGCCACCCGAAGGUAAACGCGGUGGCACAAAAACAGCUUGGACGCCUGUGGCACACGAGUUCUCUCUUCUUCCACCCUCCAAUACACAAAUAUGCAGAGGAGCUCUCGGCCCUUCUUCCUGAGCCCCUAAAGGUCAUUUUCUUAGUGAACAGUGGCUCAGAAGCCAAUGAUCUGGCCAUGGUGAUGGCAAGAGCACACUCAAAAAACACAGACAUCAUUUCUUUCAGAGGGGCCUACCAUGGAUGCAGUCCUUACACACUUGGCUUGACAAAUAUAAGCACCUUCAGGAUGGAAUUCCCCAGUGGGAUGGGUUGCCAAUCAACAAUGUGCCCAGAUGUUUUCCGUGGCCCUUGGGGAGGAAGCCACUGUCGAGAUUCUCCAGUACAAACAAUUAGGAAAUGCAGCUGUGCACCAGACUGCUGCCAAGCUAAAGACCAGUAUAUUGAACAGUUCAAAGAUACUCUGAACACUAGUGUGGCCAAGUCAAUUGCUGGAUUUUUUGCAGAACCAAUCCAAGGUGUGAAUGGCAUUGUCCAGUACCCAAAGGGGUUUCUAAAAGAAGCCUUUGAGCUGGUGCGAGAAAGGGGAGGAGUGUGUGUUGCUGAUGAAGUGCAGACAGGAUUUGGAAGGUUGGGCUCUCACUUCUGGGGCUUCCAAACCCAUGAAGUUCUACCUGACAUUGUCACCAUGGCUAAAGGGAUUGCUAAUGGCUUUCCCAUGGCAGCAGUUGUGACGACUCAAGAAAUUGCCAAAUCCUUGGCUAGAUGUAUGCUUCAUUUCAACACCUUUGGAGGGAACCCUAUGGCCUGUGCCAUUGGAUCCGCUGUGCUUGAGGUAAUUAAAGAAGAAAAGGCACAGGAAAACAGUCAAGACGUUGGUACCUACAUGUUACUGAAGUUCGCUAAGCUGCGAGAAGAGUUUGACAUUGUUGGAGAUGUGCGAGGCAAAGGCCUCAUGGUGGGGAUUGAAAUGGUGCAGGAUAAGAUGAGCCGCCAGCCUCUUCCUUGUGAAGAAGUAAAUCAAAUCCAUGAGGACUGCAAAAAUAUGGGGCUCCUGGUGGGCAGAGGUGGCACUUUUUCUCAGACCUUCCGCAUCGUGCCCCCAAUGUGUGUCACUAAACCAGAGGCUGAUUUUGCAGUGGAAGUAUUUCGUUCUGCCUUAAUCCAACACAUGGAGAGAAGAGCUAAAUAAAAUGUUAAGAAGUAAUAAACCACAAGCCUCAAGAACUUCCUACUUAUGUCCAAGGAUGAAUUUGAGGAAUUUCAAAACCACUGUUACUGAGAGAAAACCUGCAGCUCUCCAGGGCAGUUGUACAAGAUAUAUGGUUGACUGCCUAUCCACCAUGCUUUAAUAGAGCCCCUGUUCACUUUCGAAUUUCAUCCUUCUGGGAAAGGAUCUCUAUUUUUAGCUUGCAGAAUAAGUCCCAAUUACCUAGUUUAGUUAUGGUAAUUUGAUUUUACUUUGCAUUAAUUGCUUUUUUCAUGAAUAUAUAGCAUUUUUUGGCCAAUGACUUCUAAAGAAAAAUCUUUUGAUGGAGGUGCCUUCGGGGAAAAGCUUCUUUACCCUCCACUCUUCAGGUCAGGAAGAUGUCUUCAUGUUGCACUGAAAACAUCGUAUGUCACAAUGUGAUUCCUGGAACCACAUUAGCUAUCUGGGGACCAUGAAGAUACAGCCUAUUUGCUGAAGUUGGAAGAUGAAUCAACCUGAGUACUUAGUGAUAUCAAUGAACCACUGACACCUGAAUGAACCAUGAGCCACCCUGCCUCAAGCCUACUUGAAAUAUGAUAAUAAAUUCUUUUUAUUGCAUUGGCA